AUGGAUGUUGAUACUCACGAGAAGGAGUUGCAUCUCACACCAGAAGGCAUCCCAGGUGUUGCCUGUCCGGACUGUGGCAUCACUUUCGUCAAUAGGUUCCUUCAGUGCAUGUCAGUGCUGGACGUGGACGAGAGCGACAGGGCAGCGGUUGCUCAGAGGGAGAUGGAGCUUUUGGGGCUCAACAGUCUGCCGAGCCGCGCGGGACCGCCACAGGCCAGUCAGGACGAAUGGCAGAAGUGGGAGGAUCAGCUGCAGACCAAGAACUGGGGCGCGGACGAGCCGAGCAAGUGGCGCAAAGCCGAGUCAAACGGCACGGGCCGCUCCUACGGUGGCUGGGGUCCAAAACGCAAGACUCCGGAACAGGAGGACAAGGACAAAGCCCUGGACAAGGAAACACAACAGCUGCUGCAGUUGAUGACACGCAUGACAUUGCGGCACGAGAAAGAACUCAGUCGGCUGCGUGUCGAUACGAGCUUCGUCAUGUUUUGCGAUGUCGGGGACCAUGGAUGUCUUCAGCAGCUGAAGGCCACUGCAGAGAACUGGCAGGAACAGUAUGCAGCACAGAAGGUGACAACAUCCCUGAAGGUCAUCAUGAUGCUGUCGCUUCUAAAAGCCCUUCGCAGCAAAAUGGAGCAGGUGACCAUCGACCAGGAGAUCACGGAGAAGUACAAGACUCUCGCUUGGCUCUCCGAGGGAGCAAACGCCCUCGCACCGUGCUGGAACUACUUGGAGUGGAACAGCACCGACAAAAAGGAGCAAGUUGCCUCGGUUCCUCCAAUCAAGCACCAGGAGGUGCUGGCCAUCCUCGACAGGAUGGAGCAAGCGGUUCCUCAGCCGGGUAUCCUCACCGACUUCAGGAACACGAAGGGCAUGGACGGCAAACCAAGCGAAGUGGUGCCGUUCUUGAUCAGCAUUGGCCUGAGGCAGGCGGCAACGGCGGAAGUUCAUGCAGGCCUGCAAAAACUAUCAGGAUGCUCCUGCAUGAAACUAGUGGCAUGUCGACUUCGACCAGACCGGGGACAGCGCCCUCAACUGGCAAAACAGAUCGAGGAAGCGUUCAAAGCCACGACGUAUUGCGACUGGGGAGGGGAUGGCGGAAUCUCCACAGGAGAGUGCCUUCGCCUGCCCGCAUUUGCUGAGCCACAGGGCACAGCCGUGCGUCGGCACUGUAUGGUCAAGUUCCUUAGCUUGCCGCAUGAUGUGUAUGCGGAUAUGCUGGAGUGUCACUUGCUACUGUCCUGCUGCACCGCGCUCCUGCGGCAACAAGAAGCACAGCCUUGUGAAGGCUUGGGAAUGAUGGCCAGGAGUGACCUCUUUGUCUAUGCCAAGGAGGAACUGGACCAGGCUUCCUAUGAAGCCUUCGUGAACUACUCGAUUCAGCUGUCGGAACGCGUAGGGGCCAAGAUUUCGGCUAUCACGCCACCGCCCAUGUCUCUGCCAAGCCAACACCACAGCCAAGCCGAGAUUUUGGCAUGGCAGAUUUUGACCAAUGGCUCAGGGUCUGUAUGGGAAGCAGUGAGACUGGUUGCGAGUAUGCUGCGAUUUGAACCGCCCAGACAGCGGAUGAUGCAGUCUGACACACAGGCGAUGAGUUUCCAUCUUGGCAUUUGUGCCAGAGGAGGAUUGGUGGGUGUGUGUAAGGACACACUCACGCAUCGCAACGUCUGUAGACUGCUGUGCUUCUAUGUGCAGCAUCUCUGCACGGGACAUCGCUUCACCUCGAUCAGCAUCAACCGCAACUAUCUGGCGCCAGCGCAUCGCGACCUGCAAAAUGGCCCGGAGGAAAACCUCAUUGUUAGCCUCAGCCUGCACGAUGAAGGUGGCCUGUGGGUGGAAUCCCCCCUGGGAACAGUCUACCAUGAGAUAGAGGGUCGUCUGAUUCGGGGCGAAGUAGCCUCCUUGCAAUCCCAUGCACUGCUCUUCUCAGCAAACAAGUGCUGGCAUGCGGGAUUGCCUUGGAAGACAUAUGAUCGCUACACGCUGGUUGCCUACACGGUGCGCAAUUGGGCGCACCUGAGGGAGCCAGCCCGGAAUCUUCUCACUGAGUUGGGUUUUCUGUUGCCAGACGUGCCAGCUGAGCAUGCAGGGCUCGGGGCCACUCCAUCAAUACUGCCUCCAGUGCUGCUUUCCGCCGAAGCCCACCCCUAA